AGUGCCCCGUCCUUGUGCUGGCUGGGCGCAUGGAGAGGCCGGUGAAGGAUGGGAUCCUGUACGUGCAGCACUGCAAGUUUGGAAAGAGGUCAUGGAGGAAGAUGAGAGCCCAGCUCUUUGCUGCCAGCCCCUCCGGCGUGGCCCGCAUGGAGAAGUUUGACGUGCGGGACGAUGGCACGGCCCUGGAGCAGAGCUCCCUGCGGCGCAGCGCCCGCCGCGUCAUCCGCCUCUCGGACUGCGUCUCCGUGGGCCCGGCGGGCACCGAGAGCUGCCCCAAAGCCACCGCUGCCUUCUACCUCAACACCACGGAGAAGAGCUACGUGCUGGCAGCCGAGCAGCGGGAGGAGUGGAUCGCCCAGCUCUGCCAACUGGCCUUCCAGGGUGCAAAGGAGAUGGUGCAGAGUAGUACCAGGACCCAGCCCAGCCCUGCUGUCCCCAUGGAGGAGAACUCCCUCUACUCCUCAUGCCAGGACUUGACUGAGUUCCAGGUGCUGGUGCUGCAGACAGAUGCAGCUGCCCGCUGCAGCCUGCACGGGCACUACCUGCUCUCAGCCCUACCUCAGUGCCUGACGCUGAAGGACCCGCAGUCACGACAGCCCCUGUUUACCUGGCCCUACACCUUCCUCCGCAAGUUUGGCCAGGAUCAGACUGUCUUCUCCUUUGAGGCUGGCCGCCGCAGUGACUCCGGCGAGGGAACCUUCACCUUCAGCACCCCAAGAGCCCCUGAGCUGUGCCGGGCUGUGGCGGCUGCUAUUGCCUGCCAGCAGCAGGGCAAGGACACCUUGAACCUCCAGCUUUCUGCACAGGGCCUUGAGACCCAGCCCUGGGCUCCUGGAGCUGAGGAGACCCAGCCCAGCCCCAUCCUGCUGGGGGUACAGCCUGCCUCCCACCCCCCUACCAGCCUCCUCCGCUUCCCCCCACCGCAGCCGGAGAGCACUGGCCCCAUUGUCUACGCCUCCAUCGCCCGGGGCCAGCAGCCCCUCUUCCCACUGGGGUCCUGUGAGCGCUGGGCUGGGGCCAAACUUGCCCCUGAGCGUCUCUAUGAGAAUAUCUUCACUUCAGAGACCCGUCGAGCUGGAGCAGAGGAGGAGGAGGAGGAAGGAGGGCAGGACGGGCUGGGGUGCCGGCAGGCCCCCGAGGGCCACAGCACUGAGCCAGGCUUCCUCUACGACAACCGGGCUGCCCUGGCCCAGCUCCCCCAGGGCAGCCCCCAGCUGCCUGAGCAGCGGUGGGGCCGUGAAGUGCAGGACGGGCUGCCGGGGCGCCCUGGGAACAAGCCCCCCAGCACCCUCCGGGCCAAGCUUGUGCGGCUGCUCAGCCGGGAAACCCCCAGCCCGCGGGACUGGGCCUGAGCCACUGUGGUCGCUGCAGUGAAUAAACAGCCUGAGCCGGA